AUGUCUUCCAGUUCCGCGCCAGUCACUCUCUCCUCCCUCGAAUACAUGCAGGGCGCGACCUUAGCUCCUCUUCUCCUCGAUCCUGAGGAACAGCCGAAGAUUGCAAUCAUCGAUGUCCGAGAUUCUGACCACAUCGGUGGCAAUAUCGCCGGAAGCACAUGGAUUCCUCUAAAUCAACUGGACGCAAGGCUACCUGAGUUACUAAGGACCCUCAAGGACAAAGAAAAGGUCGUAUUUCAUUGCAUGUUGAGCCAACAGCGCGGUCCGAAAGCUGCUUUGCUGUACGCAAGAUCAAUCCAGAGUCUCAAGGCCAAGGAAGAUAAACAACAAGCGCGGCAGGACUCGGAAGAUGCAGAGCAGAAGACGAAACAGCAGGUAUAUGUGCUGCAGGGUGGCUUUGGACAAUGGCAAGCAGAAUUUGGUCAGGAUCCACGGCUGACUGCCGACUACGAACCCGACAUUUGGCUUUGA